CCGGGGGCUACUAAAAAAACUUGUAUACUUCAGAGUGAUGUAGAGUGGCGGAAUAUCGGUUGAGCAAAGAUGGAGAAACUGCACUUCGAGGUGUUUGGCAAAGUGCAGGGUGUGUUCUUCCGCAAGCACACUCAAGCAGAAGCACAGAAACUGCACUUGGUGGGGUGGGUGAAGAAUACGACACACAAAACAGUUGUCGGAAUAGCUGAAGGUGAUAAACCUCAUAUAUCUGAGUUCCAACACUGGCUGAAAACCAAAGGAAGCCCGAAAUCAACUAUUCGAAAGGCAGAGUUCAAGUUGGAAACAAUUCAUCACAAAUCUUUCUCAAGCUUCGAAAUUCACAAAUAAUGAUUUGGUUAGAAAAGAAAACUAGUAACUCGUUAAAUGUGCUUAUCUGAUCUGGUGCUUCUAAAGACAUCUUCCUGUAGUAGUGAAAUUCGAAAAUUUCCUCUGAGAGAGAAUAACAAAUCUUUUGAAGCUUAAAUCUACUGCUUUUAUGCUACUUAACCAAAAGGCCUACGCAAAUCUUCGUUUUAUUGAUGCAACUUAACCUGCUACAUUGAUGCUACUUAACCAAAUAUUAGCCCAAGUCUUUGCUUUAUGUUGUAAUUUUAAGUUCCAUCCCCUAUAAAGGACUUUUUGUCGGUUAGGCAUAUGAACAUAUAGUACCGAUUGAAAAAUUCCAUAUUCAAAUAGGAAAGUUCAAGAGAUCUUAUAUUUCUAGUCAAAUGUAAUGUGAUAUAGAUAGUGCCCUUUCAGUGCCCUUUCAAAGUUACUGCUUACAAUGUAAAAUUUGUACAAAUCGUAGAGAUUAAAAAUUUGGAUCUUAUUUUUUUUUGUAAAUUAGAUGAUUAAGUGGGAAAAUGCGGAUUUUGCUGUUGUUGGAAACGUUGAUGACACGAGCUCAAUUAGACCAAAUUUUCGACGUGCUGGAAGUAGCUUAACUUAAUAUUUAAAAAAAUAGACAAUGACUCACCCUUGUAGACUAGUCUAAAAAAAUUGGUUUCCACGCAUCAAAGUAUGGAACUCCCAGCUACCAUGUUAAAUUGAGUUUUUAGAUGUAAUUCAAGACUAUUGACGGCCUGGUUUUUAAGGAUUCUGUGACAAAAUUCUUAAUCACAAUAUAGGGUGAAAUUGUUAGAAGAUAUACUCGAAAUAAGUUACAGAUGC